AUGGACAUCUCUAUUGACUCGAAACACUCCAUACCUUGUUCCUCCAGUUCCUUUGAAGAAAUCCCUUUUGCUGCCUCAGACAGUAUUUCGGGAUGGGACGAAUUGGUUGACCAGUAUAAGCGACAUGUGAGGCAUAGAAAGGCUCCUUCAACUAGAGAUGGUUUGAAAAGUAAACAACACAGUUGUAAUAGCACAGGACGGGAUCUACUGUGCAAUGCUGUUAAGACUACUGUCGAUUCUCGGUGUGCGGAUGGUAAUCCAAUUACCUGUCCUGUGUGUAGUUAUGCAGUGACAUGGAGAUUUUCGCCGAAUGACGUGCCCGUCGAAACCCUCAUGCUGAAACAUAUCCAGAGUCACGAAGGUGAGCUGGAUAACUCACUGAAGAUUCCAUGUGCGGUCUGCUUCAACUAUUACUACCUAUCAGAUAUUGACAAGCAUUGCAAUCAGUUUCAUGGUCAAAAAGGAAUUCUACAGUCGGUGAACGCUCGAUUUCACGACAAACUGCGGAAAAUUCCAAUUUUUCUGAUGGUUCAUCCCAGAAAUCUAAGUGCUUUCGAUGUUACUACACAGUCAAUGAAGUCUUAUGAGAUAAACUGUACUCCAUCGUCAUUAAAUGGUUGUCCUAUGGAGAACAGUGCGUGUGAAACUCUUGGUUCUAAUGUUGGAGAGUUUGAGGAGCACGUCCCCCAUUUUGGAGGCCACACUGUACCCACUGAUUCCGGGCAACCAACUAUGGAAGAUAGUAGCGGCCUCGUUGCUAACACAUUUAGUUUAGAACCCACCGCCACUGAUCUGCCAUCGAGUAUUUCCAAUUCUAGCGAGCUGGAGUGCUGUGAGGAGUGUUCAGACUCGAACCCUAGCAAUGUAGAGUUGCAUAAAUUGGCCGUGCGUAAAAAGUUUUUUUGGAGCGGACCGCCUCCUCCACCGCUAAGUACGGACCAAACAGAGCAACUAGCGAAAUUAUCUCGCAGUGAAUGUCCAUUUUGCAAGGCUGUCCGUGGUGGUCGGGGAUUGCGCGUUCCAGAAUCUUCUAGUGAUGAAAUAAAAGAGGAAUGCAUGAUUGCCCAUAUAGUAAAAUUUCAUCAUAGCGAUCCAUCUGCUGCUUGGGUUCUUAACGCAAAGAGAUACCACAUAUCGGUUGACGAUAAAUUGAAUCCGUUGAAGUUUCUUCUUAAACCUACAAAGGAUGGUUCAUUGCGAUGUUCGUCUUGUGAAAGAGCUGCAUUUCCAAAGAUAUCAAAUCUCCGUCUCCACUGGGCUACUUGCAUUGCCGUUUGCGGGCGCUACCGGGAUGGUCUGCGGAAAGGAAGAUGUGUCCUUGUUUCUCCUUCAGCUGCGGCAAUAAAGACGAAGAAGUCUCGAAGUAUAAAUGAGGGGAAAAAUGAGCAUCUCGCCGACGAGUUUCCUUUCCUUCAUGUUUCGAAGUCUUUCAUGAAUUCUAUUGAACGUGGUGGAGUAUUAAAUCUACAGUGUGUGAAAUGCGACCGAAGUUUCCCUACUCCAAACGAGUUAGUGCAACACGCCAAACGAUAUCAUCCUACAGAAGAACACUACUCUGGAUCUCCGAGAUGCCCAAUUUUGUCAUGCAAGAAGAAGCUGCGUCGUUGGAAUAACAUCACAGACAAUGUUUUGCAACUUCUUCAUGUAAUAAAGGAACAUUUCCUCGAGGAGGAAGCUCUUGAGUGGAUUUGCCAUUGGCCAGAGAAGUUCGAAUUCGUCAUGGAAAAAGAGUCCGUAUUCAAAUUUGAUGUCUUAAAGUCACUUAGUCAGUUGUUUGAAUAUUCCAAAUAUUUAUAUCAUCGGAAACGAGGUGUGUGUGGCGAUGCUAAAAAAAUACCAGAAGCAGUUCCGUCCUCACUUAAGAAUAGAAAAGUAAAAGUGUCGUACGUUCGUCUGAGAGGCUCAGAUCGCUCAAACUCAAGAAAACUAGACAAAAGAAGCUAUAGUUUGAAAACGGCUUCAAUCACUGAACCUGUUUUUCUUAAUGGUCAUAACGUUCAUGGUUUUGAUGAAAAUGAACUUGGCAGUGAAACGUCUAUAGCCUCACAGUUUUCAUCCCUUAGCGAGGUGUCACUGAAAAAUCCGAGAAAUUACUCUCGCCAUUGCUCACAUUAUCUGACAAUCCCACUACUUUAUACUCUAGUUCCUGCGAGCGACGGUCUGUCACAGCGACUAUCUGAUGAAGUUGCGUUGGAUUCGCCUUCCACUGUUUAUUACAAUGAGAUUAGUGAAUGCGAGCCGAUGACAGUAGCUGAAUCAGAUUCUCCUGCACAGCCGAGCGAAUUAUCUCUGCUACAACCUGUUCGAGAACCAUCGGCCUAUUCGGACGGUUUUAAUAGUACUACAGCUUUACAACAUCUCAAAGCCAUCCUAGGCUGCCUAAAUCUGGAAGGGUUAGGGCAGCAAUCUCCAAGGAGAAAUGUCAUCGGCCUGGCCGAGACGAGGAGACGCCAGCAUUUCAACGCCGUCUAUGACACCGGAGAAGAACUGUUUCUCGGAACAUGCGACAGCAGAGUAGUCGGCGGCGUCGGCGUUCUUGUCAACACGAGUUUGAUCAUAAACGUCGAUUCAUUCGAGCAACUAAGGAGCCGAAUUGGGCGUUUAAGGUUGAGGAGGUGUGGGUCAAUACCGGCUUUGACAAUCUUCAUCGUCUACGCGCAAACAUCAUGCUAUGGCGAAGACAAAUUGGACACGUUGUGUGCGGACAUGGAGAAGUUCUACAGAGAAGACCAUCGAUUUUUUUAG